AUGCACCGAAGAGGCGGGAAACGCAUCCGAAUGGAUGACCCUCCCCCGGAGUAUGUGAAUCCUAUGACACCAGCUACACCUAUGACCGAUUACGGUGGACAAUCUGUACACGAGCCGGAAACGCCCAACAUUAAUUAUGCUGGCUUUAACACUGGAGCUGUGGCUAACUCAACAGUAGCCGAGGCCAACAGAGAAGAGAUCGAAGAACAUCAAGAGGAAGAAACGAGGUCACCGUCCCCAGCUCCCACCAAAAGAGUAACUCGAAGCAGGGGAAGAGGUGGGGAUGGAGGAUAUGUGGGAAGACUGGCGGAGUCCCCGCCGCCGCCGCCGCUUCGGAGAAGAGGCCGAGGUGGCCGCGGCCGAGGACGAGGCAGGGGAGCGCCCCCGCCGCAGGCCUACUCCCCGCCGCCGGUACUGCUGCCGGGAGAUGAUGAAAACAGCCUUUACAAUAUACUGCGGUUUAAUAAGACAGCUAUAAAUCAAGUUGUAGACAUGUGGAUAGAGGAAUACAAGAGUAACCGUGAGAGUGCGCUGGUACAGCUGAUGCAGUUCUUUAUUAAUGCCUCGGGCUGUCGGGGGAAGGUCACGCCCAACAUGGCCCAGAUGGACCACACACUCAUCAUUAAGAAGAUGACACAGGAGUUUGAUGAGGAAAGUGGUGAAUAUCCAUUGAUAAUGUCAGGGCACACAUGGAAGAAGUUCCGCUCUAACUUCUGUGAGUUCAUCCAGACCCUAGUGAAGAUGUGUCAGUACUCCAUCAUAUACGACCAGUUCCUGAUGGACAACAUCAUAUCCCUGCUCACAGGACUGUCGGACUCUCAAGUGAGAGCCUUCAGACACACGGCUACACUCGCCGUGAUGAAGCUGAUGACGGCGCUGGUAGACGUGGCGCUUCUGACGUCCGUGAACUGUGACAACUGUUUGAGACAGUACGAGGCCGAGCGGCUCAAGGCGCGCGACAAGAGGGCCAGCGAGCGGCUCGAGGUGCUGGUGGCCAAGAGGCAGGAGCUGGAGGAGAACAUGGAGGAGAUCAAGAACAUGCUCUCCUACAUGUUCAAGUCCGUGUUCGUGCAUCGCUACAGAGACACCUUACCCGAGAUCAGAGCCAUCACCAUGUCCGAGAUCGGUAUCUGGAUGGAGAAGUUUCCUGCUCAUUUCCUGGAUGACUUGUAUCUGAAGUACAUUGGUUGGACUCUCCACGACAAGGUGGGCGAGGUCCGUCUCCGCUGCCUGCAGGCGCUGCAGCCGCUGUACGAGUGUGAGGAGCUGAAGAGCAAGUUGGAGUUGUUCACGUCCAAGUUCAAAGACCGCAUCGUGUCCAUGGCGCUCGACAGGGAGACCGAGGUGGCCGUGCACGCCGUCAAGCUCGUCAUCGCCAUCCUCAAGAUGCACCCCGACGUGCUGACGGACAAGGACUGCGAGAACGUGUACGAGCUGGUGUACUCGUCGUGGCGCAGCGUGGCGGCCGCGGCGGGCGAGUUCCUCAACGUGCGCCUGUUCCGGCCCGAUGAGCCGGGCGCCCCGCCGGCGCGCUCGCGGCGCGGCAAGCAGCGCCUGCCCAACACGCCGCUGGUGCGUGACCUCGUGCAGUUCUUCAUCGAGUCGGAGCUGCACGAGCACGGCGCCUACCUCGUGGACUCGCUCAUCGAGUCCAACCCCAUGAUGAAGGACUGGGAGUGCAUGACGGACCUGCUGCUGGAGGAGCCCGGCCCCACCGAGGAGCCGCUCGACAACAGACAGGAGUCGUCCCUGAUCGAGCUGAUGGUGUGCUGCGUGCGUCAGGCCAGCACGGGCGAGCCGCCGGUGGGGCGCGGCGCGUCCCGCAAGCAGCACCAGGCGCUGUCCAAGGACCAGGCCAAGGCGGCCAACGACGACCGCCUCAAGAUGACCGCUCACUUCAUGGUGGCGCUGCCCGCGCUGCUCGACAAGUUCGGCGCCGACCCCGAGAAGCUCAACAACCUCGUCACCAUCCCGCAGUACUUCGACCUCGAGCUGUACACCACGCAGCGCCAGGAGGGAAAUCUGACGCUGCUGCUGAACAAGAUCCGGGAGAUAGUCAGCACUCACACCGAGGCCGAGGUGCUGGAGACGUGCGGCCGGACGCUGGAGUACCUGUGCAGCGAGGAGCACGCCGUCUACACGCGCUGCAACGUGGCGCGCGCCACGCUCACCGACAUGUGCGUCAACAGAUACAAGGAGGCCAUCGACGAGUACCGGAACCUCAUCGACGGGGAGGAGACGCCGGACGCGGACGAGGUGUUCAACGUGAUCAACUCGCUGCGCAAGGUGUCCAUCAUGUACAUGUGCCACAACCUGAACGACACCAACAUCUGGGACUCGCUGUUCGAGGACCUGCCCAAGUGCGUGUCGCCGGGGCUGAUGCCGACGCAGGCGCUGGUGUACGUGGUGCGCGCCUGCUUCUACUCCGUGCUGUGGUCGCUGCACGAGCUGGACGAGCGAGGCGGGGACCCCGCGCCGCUCAGGGAGCGCCUGCUGGCCUACGCCGCUCACUGCCGGAACAUCAUCGCUUCCGGCGCCACGAACGACCUCAAGAAGGAGGCCUACACGAGUCUGUGUGACCUGCUGAUCUUCUUCGCGGAGUGUCCCGGCGGCGGCUCGUCGGGCCCGGGUGCCGGCCUGCGCGCCCUGGAGGCGGACAGCGCCACUAUGGACCUGCUCAACGCCUUCGUGCAAGAGUUCGUGUUCGUCCAAAACAACUACGACGGACAAGACGAGAGACGCAUAGAGGAGCUGCACAAGAGAAGGAACUUCCUGGCCGCCUACUGCAAGCUCAUCGUGUACAACGUGGCCCCGCUGAGGCGCGCCGCGGACGUGUUCAAACACUACAUACGGUGCUACAACGACUACGGGGACAUCAUCAAGGCCACGCUGAGCAAGGCGCGGGAGAUCAACAAGCUCGGCUGCGCGCUCACCAUGCAGCUGGCCAUGCAGAUGCUGUUCACGGACAUGCUGCGGCUGCACCCGCGGCCCGCGCGCACCACCGGCGAGUUCCUGGAGGUGAAGGAGCUGGCCAAGCGGUUCGCGGUCAUGUUCGGCCUGGACGCCGUCAAGAACCGCGAGGCGCUCACGGCCCUGCACCGUGCCGGCGUCUCCUUCGCCGCUCUGGAGGGCCCGGCGCCCGGCCCGCCGCCCAACCUCUUGUUCCUGGAGCCGCUGGCCGAGUUCUCCGCUAAGCUGCUCCGUCAGGACAAGCGCGCCGUGCUCAAGUUCGCAGAGACUAAGUUCUCGAGCAUGCAGUGGGGCGAGGAGUGGGCGCCGCUGCUCGCCUACAGGAACUCGCUGCUGACGGACGCGCCGGACGAGAGGCCGCCGCCCGCCAGGAGGCACUACACGAGGCGCGCGCGAGGAGCAGCAGGCGGCGCGGCGCCCGAGUCAGACGACGCCGACGACCCGCACUACUCUGACCCCGAGAUAUGA